ACAGCUGGCAUAUGUGAGGACCUGGAAGGGACAUGGCUUACCAUAUAGAGUUAUCCUUAAUAGCCACAUUUUCCCGUGUCAUCACUUGAUAUGCUUAUUGUCGCAGCAUGCAGUAAUACAGGUGCCCGGGGAAAAAACAGUCAUCGUUUAUUUUUGUGGAGUGCCGUGAUCUUGAAGUCAUGUGAAACCUGUUUCCCCUGAAAAGCCCUGCAGGCUUCUGAACAUCUGCAAGGAUACUAAAAAAUAAAAGCUUCUUCCCUUUUUCUGCAAGAAAAGAUGUAAGAGCAUCUGGGAUGGGAGCAGCCACGAGGGAAAUACGCAGGCAUCGUGCAGCACCAGUUGAAUUCACCCCUGAUCAGAUUGAAGAAUUUAAAGAAGCGUUCUCACUCUUCGACCGGACUCCCAAAUCUGAGAUGAAAAUCACAUACGCACAAUGUGGAGAUGUCUUGAGAGCUUUGGGGCAGAAUCCAACCCAGGCUGAGGUCAUGAAAGUGCUUGGCAGACCCAAACCGGAAGAAAUGAACUCCAAGAUGAUCGACUUUGAGACCUUCCUGCCCAUGCUCCAGCAUAUUGCCAAGACGAAAGACACAGGCACCUACGAGGACUUUGUGGAGGGUCUGCGCGUGUUCGACAAGGAGGGAAAUGGAACGGUGAUGGGGGCUGAACUCCGCCAUGUUUUGGCUACGCUGGGUGAGAGGUUGACUGAAGAGGAAGUUGAUAAGCUAAUGGCUGGUCAGGAAGAUGCCAAUGGCUGUAUCAACUACGAAGCUUUUGUGAAACAUAUCAUGGCUAACUGAACGCCAGGACAAGAUAGGCGCCGAGAACCCCAGAUGCUGGCCUUGGAUUUCAAUGUAAUGGAAUGUCUUCUCAUUUUUCAGCCCAGAUUCCCAUUACGGAGCUACAAAAUGUGCUGUCCCUAAAGUUAUUUGUAUAAAUGUUUUUUGUUUGUUUUGUCUUGUUUCUUCAUGGGAAGAGGGUGGCCUCUGUGGAGAUUCAAUACACUCAGGAAACGGAAGAAACUGGAAUCUGAACUAUGAAUACCUGGGCAUUGUAACUUUUUUUCUGAUACAGAAUAUAAAUAGCAAUACAAAAUUGUUAAGGGAGAGGGGAGAGAAGGGGAGUAAUUUUUUUCAUGACUAAAUCAAUCAAAAAAUGUAUUUGUCAUUUAGCCAUACCCUUCCCUCCCCUCCCCUCUUCCUUCCAAAACAACUGGACUGUUCUCUUCGUGUUUAUUGCGUUUGUAAAAAAAUAGCUGUAAGAGAAUAAGGGAGAAAAGAAACUAAACCAGUUGUAUAAAUCUCAUGUAUGCAAGGAAUACUCUUAAUCUUUAAGGAAAAGUAGUAAAAGUAGAAUGCCCAGCAAUCAGCAUGGCAUUUGUUGAACGUUGUUCGCAUGUUUCUCAGCUUUGGAAGAUACUACUUUUAACAUGUAAGAUGUAAAAGAAAAAACCAAAGCAAACCAGAAGUGUAUACAAUGUUUGCUAAAAUACAUCCCUUCUCCACAAGGAUUACUUCCCAUUCCAACAGUCUGACCUAUGAAACAAGUAAAAUGUCUUUCCCAGUGCAAACUGGAAAUUGUUCUUAUAUACAUAUCUUGGUUCUGUAGCUUUUCGCAGUAAAACUUGGGAUUCUUUGU